UGACUUUCUUCCUUCUUCACAUUUUAAAACAUCCCCAAACCCUCAAAAGAAUCAAUCAAUGUGCAGUGGUGGCUUCUUGUUUUGGCCCCUUUUUUGUUGAUUUAGGGAUUUCUGCAAUUCUUUGUUUGUUUGUGUAUAUAUAGAUUUGAGAAGAAGACCACCAUAGUUGUUGCUUGACUUGCAAUUUCAAUUUGGAGAUUUGUUUGGGGAAAAUCUUUGGAUGAGAUCCGUCAGAUCUUGCUUUCUGGGCUGUGGAAAUUUGGUGGGACUUUGUUUUUCUAUAAACCUCAUUUAGAUUAGCGACCCAACCAAACACGCCCUUGCCCAUUAUCAUCUUCUUCUUCUUCGAAACCCUAAUUUUAUUCCGAUGGGCAUGGCGGCUGCCGAAGCUCAGUUUCAUGUCCUCGCCGUCGACGACAGCCUGAUUGACCGGAAAUUGAUCGAGAGGCUUCUGAAAACAUCGUCUUAUCAAGUUACUACAGUUGAUUCUGGAAGCAAAGCUUUGGAAUUCCUUGGCUGGCAUGACAAUGAUAUGUGCACCAAACAGGAAUUAAUUUCCCCCAAAAUUAAUCAGGAUGUGGAAGUGAACCUUGUAAUUACAGAUUAUUGUAUGCCUGGAAUGACCGGCUACGAUUUACUCAAGAAAAUGAAGGAAUCUUCAAAUCUGAGGAACAUACCUGUGGUUAUCAUGUCCUCUGAGAAUGUCCCCUCAAGAAUCAACAGGUGUCUAGAAGAAGGGGCAGAAGAAUUCUUCCUAAAGCCAGUGAGGCUAGCAGAUGUGAAUAAACUGAAACCUCAUAUGAUGAAAGCCAAGGGCAAAAAUGUCCAAAAAAAUGAAGAACACAGCCCAAACAGCGAAGAAGAAGAAGCAGAAAUUGAAGUAGAGAUAAAUCUAGAGUCACCGUCACAGGCACAGCCGCAAGCGUCACAGACCAAUAGCAACAGCAAGAGGAAGUCCGUGGAAGAAGGCCGGCUGUCACCUGACAGAACAAGGCCCAGAUACAACGCCAACGGCCUCACAGUCAUGUCAAGUUAGCCAACCUUUUAUUUUAUUUUAUUAUUAUUUUUUAACAAAAUUCUAUAGUUUUUUUUUUUAAAAAAAAAAAAAAAAUUAAAUACAAUGGGAUAUAUAUGUAUGUAUGUAUAUAGAAAAAAAUUAUAUAAAUUUGUGUACACUACUUACCUUUUGACUUUGGAAAUUUCCAAACAAUUUUGUACCACUGAGGAUGAAUAUAUGAAGAGGCAAUAAGGGCUUAUUAUUUUA